GUUUUUUCAUUCGUUUGCGAAGCUUUUCAGUAGCCAAACAUACGUCGCAGCGUGAACUUUGAUCGUGGUCCGACAUGCAAUAAAAAAAUAAAAUUAGAAGGAAUUUUUGGUCAUUUUUGAAUUUUCAUUUCAUUUGUUUAUUUGUUAGUUUUACGAUCGGUUCGAAUCGAAAAAAAAAAUUGAAAUUAUAGUUUAAGGAGAAUAAUUUCCGAUUGUCCAUUGAAGUGAUUAUAAAUCUCGUUUGACUAAAUAAAUAAACAAACGUUGUUCCCGGAAAAUCAUUAUUCAGCAGCCAUAAUAAUACAAUGUCGUGGAGAUAUACGACACACAUUCACGUGCCUGAACGAAACAGACCAUUGGCCAGCACACGAAUUAGAAGCCUGAGUGCUAGUCGUGGAUUAUCAGGUUCUUCUCAUUACAACAAUACAUCACGAUCGUAUCUAAUUGACACUAAUAAGUCAUAUCUAGCCUUACGCGCCUCACAGCCCCCCGACAACUACAGCAAGUAUGCCAAUCGCUUAGAACAGCCAACGGAAAGAACUAGCGGUCGUCAGUUGCAGCGCAUAUUACAAUAUUGUGUCACACCAUGCCGACCAUUACCGACCUUCCGACGAGCCGAAACUACCAUUCACGAUACUGACUGUGAUGAAGUGUACCCUUCACUAUACAUCGGAGAUGUGGCUUCCGCAAAAAAUAAAACUUUUCUGAGACUGAUGGGCAUCACGCAUAUUUUGAAUACAGCGGAAGGUUCAAGGUAUGGCCAAGUGGACACAGGUCACCGGUAUUACCGAGACAUGCCAAACAUUCGUUACAUGGGCUUUCCUAUGACUGAUCAUCCUAGCACCGACAUUUCUAGAUACUUUUACAUAGCAUCCAAAUUCAUUGAGAACGGCAUCGACAGCGGAGGUAAAGUUCUCGUUCACUGCAUGAUGGGCAUUUCGCGAUCGGCUACGUGUGCGCUGGCCUAUUUGAUGAUCAACCGGAAAAUGUCGGCCGUUGAUGCUAUACGUACGGUACGGUUACGGCGCGAUGUUCGACCGAAUGAUGGAUUUUUACAACAACUUGCUGAUCUGGACAACGAGCUGCGAAGAGAGAGAGCACCAGUGGAUAUGAGUGACUCGCCAUUAACGAAAGAAUACCAAGAGAGACGGAAAGUAGAUAAGAUUGCAAAAAUGAAAUCUAGAUGUUAUCAGGCGGUAAUGAAAGAUUUCUUUUUUAAUCGAUAGUUUAAUUGCAAAGAUUUGAUAGGAAAAAGAAAAUGAAAUAACCUAGGUGAAACAAAAAAAAAACAAUUUUGAAUUUUAUUAGGGAAUCUAAAUUCGUACGUAAUAAAUUGAAAAGCAAAAAUGAAAAGCAAAAAAUGAUUCAAACAUUGGACAUAAUGCGUAGAUUUAAAAAAAAUGAUUAAAAAAACUGCAUAAAGUGCACUGUUGUCGACACAUUUAAACUUUGAAUUAAAAAGAAAUUAAUUUAGUAAAAAGUUUUUGUAAAUUUAAAUUUAACGAAAAAGUAUAACCGACUUACCAAAUAUUUAUUCAUUAACAACUGUUUAAAGAGUUUCAAUUAGAGUGACGUUAAAUUUACAAAGAAAAAAACCAAACCAAAAUAGUUAUUCAUGCAAAACUGAGUUUUGAAUGUUUUUCUUUGAAGUACUAGAUGUGUCCAUACACCUAGUCUUAUUAUACACAUCGUGUUCGUAAGAAAUCAUUUAUAACUCCGUUUUUCCGUUUUUUUUUACAAUAAAGGCAACAAAAGCCACCAAUUUGUGAGAAAUUAGAUAUUUAUGCAACAAGUUGCGAAAUGAGGUUGUUUUUCUCACUGGAUUCACAUCGUGUGU